GUUGCUCUGGAGCCCUCGCGGAGCGCGACACCUUGAGGCAGUGUCAGUAUCGUUACACUUGUUUCUAAGUCUCGGAUGUUCCUGAUGAGGUUGUGCAGACAUUUGGUAUGGAAAGAGCGUCAACACUUGUGGUGGUAGGUGUCCAGUGCGGAUGUCAUAGACGUACACACUAGUACGGCAGUAUGAAAUGGCCUUAAGUUUACCGGGAGUGAGAGUGGACUGGAAAUUCUUACGGGGAACACAUCAAGUGGCCCAUUGUACAAUAAAUGAAUUGCAACAACAGUUGGUUCAUGACAAGAUGGAGGUGCCGAAGGACAGGGACAAAGGGAACAACAGCACGGAGCGCACUUGCAACUGAAAGUUUAUUAGAAACCGCACUGACUUGAAGACCUUAAUAAAACAAAGUCACUUCCAGCCAUUCCACUCUCUAAGAAUAACAUUUCCUUAUCUAACAGGACCUCGGAUGGCUUAUCGGCGCCCCUUGUUUUGAGGACGAACGUUUCGUGAACUUGCCUACCGUAAAAUCCCGAGAUAGCCCACUUAACAUUGAGAGCAAAUUGGGUGAAAAUAUAGAGUGGGCUAACUUUCAGUGUACAAUCAAAAAAAGCACAAAAAAAAAUUGCUAUUUUUGGGUCUGGGUUAUGGUGGCGAGGAGCAACGAAACAAUAAUGACUGUCCACGCUGACUAGCUGCAUUUACGCCGAGGCCAUCAUUGAUCCCCACACUACUAUUACUAAAAGGGGGCUAUAUCUUUCAGUGUUUCAAAAAAUAUAGUAAAUCGAGACAAAAAUAGGGUGCGGGCUAUCUUUCGGGGGUGGGGCAUCUCAAAAUUUUUCGGUAGUUGUUUUUUCAGGUCUUUCGCAGAAAAAAAUGCAUCAUCUCAAGUGGGACUAAUUGACUGACUGUCAUCUUUUUUAUUUGAGAAACGGGGCAAGUUGAUAACAUGUGUUUUGGUAUGUCAAAAGCUUUUGGCACAGUGAUUUAUACAUAUGUUGUUGUCGAAACUUUGGUUCUGUGGCCAAGUACCCUGGUGGAAAUCAUAUCUGUGUUUGACAUAUUUUCAGAUAGUUUUCUUAGAAUGGUGAAAUAACUGCAAUGUUUUGAUCAUUAUAUUUGUAUUGUACAGGGAGGCAUAGCAUAUCAAAUUAUGCUUUUUCUGCAUAAUAUUCCAAUUCCUAAGAGGUCUGUACAUAAGGCACUCUUCUUGACAGGCUCCCUCUGGAACCCCACCUGUGCCUCUCCACAGGCUGGAACCACGUUGUGGGAGUGCCUUGUCUGGACUGUGCCUUCCAGCUUACCAAUGACCGUGAAAUGGCGUCCAGGGUUUUUGUUGUGUCUAGGAGGCCUGGUCAUGGCCGCCUCGUCUGAUGAUGAGGGCUUGCAUGCUUGGACUACCUCGCGUGGGUCAUGGCGUAGUCCAAAGCUGGGACCCGCCGGUGAAGGAAACGACGUCUCUCUCAGUCGGGCUCAGAACAAGACUCCUUCGUUAUCUGGUAUCCCAUGCACAGGGUGGGCGGCUCAUAUCACGAGCUCGCCGCCCACAUACGCGAUACAGUAAAUUUUAAUCACAACAUUCUUCCCUCAGAAAAUUAGACGAAAUGAUAAUUUAAAAAAACAUACGCAGACAUCCUGUCUCCCUCCUGACUACUGGUAUAAAUCGAAAAGGCAAAAAAAUUCAAAGAUACAUACAUAAUGAAGAGAAAACAUUCUACAUACAUAAUGAAGAGAAAAAAAAGUUCAUCAAAGCACUGUCAUAGUUCGUGGCCCAUUGCCAAAAUAGUUUGAUGCGUCCUGAGCAAAAAUUAUGCCACGUAAAUACAUAACGAAACAAAAAACACACACAUACACACGUCCCUGAUGUUAGUCUUUUUAGGUUAGGGUUUGACUCGCACAAAAGCAAAACGUAAUCUUUUAAUAGUUCUGGCAACCGCUUGGUUCGGGUCGGGCGACGCUGAAGUACUGGAGUAGCAGAGUCUUGUCGAGAAAUCCCUGGCUGAGGUGAAGAUUCUCGGCUUGUCAGAGGCUGACCAAGCUGAAGAAAAGCCUCGGACGCCGCCUCCACGUCGGUCGAUGCCGAACUGCGGUGUGGUAGCGAAACACCAGAAAUCGCAGUCUCUGUGCAACUGGACGCGGGACUGAAGGGAGGCGUGACUAUGGGAGUUGCGGCCUCGGAGAUGUCCGGGGGAACUGGACACGGGACUGACUCUGGCCCACGAGCAUCCUUUGUACUCUGUUUCGAAUCAUCUGGAUGCUUGGGACCGGGAGGGUCUAUACUCCGUUUCACCUUCCGUCCGAGCACAGCGGACGCUAGGAGCCAUCCCAGCCAAUGCGGCGUUGAGGGAGUGUCAUGCGACCUUGAGCUCCCUGCGUCGCCCCGCCUUACCGGCAGGUCACGCGACUUUCUCCCGGCGCUGGAUCGGCUGGGAUGGCUCGUGGCAUCCACUGCGCUCGGACUGAAGGUGGAACGGAGUAUAGUACCAUGGAGGUCGGUUUUCGGGGACCUGUUACUGCAGGCUCGGGUACAGGAGGUGGAAAGAUUCCAGGAAUGUUUAUACUGGAACUGGGGUAGGAAUCGCAGGAAACAGGCCCUUUGAGGAUGCAACGUUGUACAUUAAUUUUUCUGCAUUCCCAGUUGUUCCAUCAACGUGCACGUUGCCGGACCAGCUUGCCGGUAAAUCCUUUGUGGCGAUGAGUACUUCAUUUGAAGUUUUCCUUUGUGUCUUGGCUUAAAGACCUUCACUGUGUGUCCAGGGGUAAAAGAUGGUUGUUUCACGGCACGCCGUGAGUCAGAAUACUUUUUCAUCUUCUCCAGGUAGCUCUUAACCAACGUAGGGAGCUGUUGUUGAACUGUGGUUCUAUGAUGACGAGAUUCGGGAGUUGCUCGACCUGUGAGAUGCAGGCGUGUGCGGUGAUUUCGACCGUGCAAAAGGAACGCAGGAGUUUCUCCUGUAGCAGCAUGGCGAGUGUUACGGUAGACGCCCAAAUACUGAACGACGAUGUACCAAAGCUAACUGUACGAUUGACUUCAGAAUGCGGUUAAAUCUUUCUACCUGCCCAUUCGCCUGAGGGUGGUAGAGGGACGACUUCACAUGCCUUAUGCCAUGCGUUUUCAAGAACUCUGCAAACUCCCUUGAAGUAAACUGUGGACCAUUGUUCGUGGUGAUUUCUUCUGGAAGUCCCUCCUGGGCGAGGAUAUGGACCGCAGAAAAUCAAUCACUGAAGCAGUUGUUACGCUCUGAACCACAGCCACCUCCGGCCACUUGCUGUGGUAGUCAAUCAAAGUUAUAAAAAAACGUUCGUUAGGCGGAGCACGUUCGGAAGGGCCAUUGAUGUCCAUUCCCAACUUCGUCCAUGGACGAGAGGGAAACUCGACAGGCUGCAGGGGAUGCCUUGUCAGGCUUGGCCGUCGCUUGACAAACUACAAUUCUGAACGAAUUGUUUGAUGUAUUGAUUGAUGUGACGCCACCGGUAGAGGUCCUUAAUAAGGCUCGUGGUCCUCGUUAUCCCUUGGUGAGUCUCAUGGCCAAUCUCGAUGACGUGGUGGCGCAAGCUAGACGGAACGACAAUCCUUUCUCUUUGGAACAAAAGUCCGUCGAUCUCGGAGAGCUGAUCACGAACAACGUAGAACUGCUUGAAUUUGGAAGGCUACUGGUUUUCAGAGGACCAUGUAAAGGAGAUAUAGGUCAUGACCCUUGAGAGCACCGGAUCUCUUGACGUAGCCUCUUGGAAAUCUUUCUGGUUGAGCGAAGCACAAACAAUCGAAACAGCCUCUUCCUUGAACAUCGUGCCAUCUUCAGUGUCGGACACAGGUAGACGAGGAGAGCGUCUGCAAUGAGGUUGUCACUGCCUUUGCGAUACUCAAUGAAAAAGUUGUAGUUGAAAAGCCUCGCCGUCCAUCGGCUGAUACGGUGUGGACGGACUCCUGUCCCUUGGGUAGACAUUAGGGCUACAAGAGCUUGGUGGUUGGUGCGGAUGGUAAAUUGACGACCCCAGAGAUAUAGAGACGCGUUCCAGGCAGCGUAGAGAACGGUCGACUUCUCCGGGAUCCGAAAACCUCGGAGGAGAACGUGCUUCUCGGAUAAACACCGCCCUGCUCUGUCGGCUCGCCGCUGCACGUCCGCCGUCGGCUCGCUCGAGUCUCGUAACACCCAGAGAGGCCGCUUCGGCGGUCUUCCAACAAGCCCCAAACUCUGUAGAAGGCACGGAAAUCACCCCCGAGGAGUUCGAGGCUGGCGGAUGGUUCCCCACACAAACCCGCCGCCAACAAGCCAAGGAGAAGCGUCUCGAAGCCCCCGCCACGAGGCCCGCGGCAACGCGGCCUCACAAUGGCGCAGCGAAGGCCACGUCGCAGCGCAUGAAGAGACCUCCAUCGUCCGCCCGCGCGGAGGUUUCAACACCGCAAGCUGGUCUGAUAUCCAGAUUCUGGAUGGAGCCCGCAGCAGCAUCCCCGCUGACCUACCACCAGCCCACCACAGGUUGCUACUCGGACGCAUGGAAGGGAAGGCUGCACGACUGAGGCAGUUUGACGAGACGGCCGACCAGGUUGUGCGGAGGAUUGAGCAGACUUCGGCCCUGCUGGAAGAGAGGCUAAAAGACGUGGUCCAGGAGGCCGGAGCAAAGCCAGUGGCUUUGAUCCUGGAGGAAGUACAGGAGGCGGCAAAAAAGGGGGCAUCAGUCCCGUGCUUCGGGUCUAGCGAGGAAGAAUGUUCCUCGCAAAAAUCGCGCGCUGAUCCCCUUGAUGAAGCAAUCACGUACUGGAGCUGUAUGUGUGUGGUGCUGGGGCAAUACCUCAAGGAAGAACCAAAGAAGGCUGGCUCGUGCCAAUAUGACAAGGAGGUACUCUGGCACGUCUCCAUUGCCAGAGCCUGGUUGUGGGCGCGCCACACUAGUGGUGCUCUGUAAGUUGCGAACCUUUUUUAGGACGUUUUCGGCGUGCCUUUUGCCAAAGAAAAAGCGCCCUACGAAUCUCCCUCGGCGCGGAGAGCCAAGCGACCAUUUUUAGGCCUAACCACUUUCACGAUAUUGCUGUCCAAAAGCGGAUCAGAAACGACGGUGUGUUUGUUGACACCAAUGCAUCCGAUGGACGAAGCACGUCCGGGGCUGGGCAAUUUUUCGACCCCAGCUUCGCUAGGCGUGCGGACCACUCGGUUUCACGGUUGAUCACUUCCGCAACCACUCAAUUGCAGCCAUUAGAAGAGCAGCUUGACUUGGCUUGACUUGACCUCACCGCUUGGCGGCAAAAGAAAAUUGGCUUGGUGGGCUUGGUGGCUAGACGCAGUUCAAGACUCACGGAGCUAAAAAUUAAGUGUGUUCAUUACGGGAGAAAAAAAAAAAAAGUUUGAAUAUUGAUGCCCGUGGUGGGGGGUGCAUUCAUUAUGCGAGUAAAUACAUGCACACACUAAGAUUGAGAAAUUCUGCAAAUAAAUGAGGAAAAGGUUCAAAAACUGUCGCCCCUCAGAGACAGUAAAGAUGGUAAAAAAACAAUUUUGAAAAUGCCUGGACAAGAAUGACACUUACAUAUGUCACAAAAUUAGCUUUCCGUCCCCCAAAAACGUUGAGUGCAGCAAUUCACGUUGAGGGAUUCAUUUAAGUGAUUCCGAAGCAUGCCUUAUUUUGGGGUCGGCGUGUUUAAAUAGAAGCAAGUUUUGGACUUGCUUCUAAGUCAGGAUGAGUCUCAUGAGGUAAGGCUAAAAAGUUUUCUUUCUUUUUUUAGGGGAAAGUUGAUUUUCUUCCAUGUCCCAUCCUGGCGUCGAGAAGAAAUUGCGCGGAUGAUCGUGCAAUGGGAUGUGAAUGGACCGCAUCAGCUGGUGCAACAUUUCGAUAAUAUUGCGUCACGAUUGACUGGAAGUUUCUGUGAUGUUGCGUUGCUCAAUACAAAAAUGGAAGUUUGUCGGGUUUUUUUUUGUCGCACGGUUAUUGUUAGGUGUGUGCUAGGUGCCUAUGCACAAACACUGGGUAGGCAAAUGAUGCACACUUUGACGGCAGUCUGGUCGCUGUCCGGGUAUGACGACCGAAGAACCUUGUGUGGAGCCACAGGCAGAGACACCGGGUCUCGCAUAAACGUCAACCGCACGGAAUUUCUCGUGGAUGCACAAAUUGUUUUCUCUCGGCAACAUUCUCGUGCUGCUUCACGCGCAGCGUCUGGUGCGUUCCAUCCUUACGCCUCGGGUGAGACUGUCGGUGCCCACAACCGGUAACGAGCAUGUUCAUGCCGUCGAGUGAGUGGGCGGCAUUCUUGCGUGCAAAGGCCUGGAAAGAGCAGGUGGCAAACAGCACCAUCUCAUGACCCAAAGGCAAUUGGCCGAUCUCGGGCGGCAAAACCGCCCGCAAUAAAUGCACGCAUGCUCCUUCCGUUUUCGGCAACACGACGCUUCCGGGAUACGCCGUAAAAGAUGUCUCUUUGGGAGUCGAGCGUUUCU